AUGCCCCGCAAAUCCAUCUUUCGCUUCUCUCUCCGCUCUCCUCGACCCGAAUCAAAGGCAACCCCCGCUCCACUCGUCCCAGAUAUCGACGAGGUCUCCCUUCCUCCCGACCCGGAAGCGCGAUACAUUCCUCGUCAGUGGGCGCCCAAUCGUCUUCAGACACUCUACGUCACUCCCUCGGAACAGAAUCUCUACCUCGCAGCUAUGGCGCAGCUCGACCGAGCCCCGCCUCCACUUCCACUAUGGUCGGACCCCGCACCGACCCUGCCGGCCGUUCCGCAUCAGGCGCCCAUGGAUCCUACUCCUCCGUCGGUCAAGAGUCCCCCGAGGGUCGAGUCGAGACUUCCGGGGAUGUCGUCCAAGCUCGUCAUGUCGCCCGGUAUGCCUGUACAAGGUUUAUCGGUGCGAGAGGAGUUCAGGGCAGUACCCGGUGCCUCCUCGAAUAGGCCGGGAGAGCAUGCCCUGUUGGCGCUCUCGGACGAUAGUCAACUGCGGUUCCACAACUUCCCUAUUGACGUUCUAGUGGCGGUCGACGAGGCUCUCACAGAGGCGUGGCCGAGGGGGAGGCGGAGUGCGCAUCCGGCGCUGACCGACCUGCAGAAGAAGGCGAGGGAAGAGUCAGGACCGUAUACCUGGAUUGUGGUGCUCAAGGGGAAGGUUUGGAGGCAGGCUGGGAGCUCCGAGUUAGACUCGAUUAGGCUCAUCCUCAAGCUCCUGACCGCCCUAAGCAUACAUGGCUGGACCCUUGUGGACCGUAUGCAAGCAGCCGGCGUAAAGUACGAUAAUCACAAUCUCCUCUUUGCGCACUCUCCCGAGAUUCAGGCAAUGCCGCCAACAUACUUUGCUCUGUCUAUACCUCGUCAAUUCCCUUCUUCAUUACUCUGUCGGAUGAGAGCUAAUCCUGCAGUACCUGAUCGUAUCUCCCUGAUCUCCCCGCCUCCAAAAGCGACACCCAUCAUCAUUUCCUCCGUUCGCGAAGCGAUAGAAUCGCAGACUGCAGGGUCGAAGCGGAAAGCUCGGCGCGGUGGGCACAAAGUCGGCGGCGACAGGACUUCGAUAGCAAGCGGGAAAAAAGGCGUAGAAUGGGAUGCUUGGAAAGGCAAUAUCCGACUGGAAGGAUGGGUGCAUGCUGGAGUAUAUAGAUUCUGGUUAGGAGGCAUGAGGCGAUGGCUCGGAAACGGGGUCAAGUGGCGUGUCGUUGAAAAGCUACAUCCAACCCUGAUUCUCACCCUCAUCAACUCCCUCUCCGCCCAGCACUUCACCCUCCUCACCUCCCUUCCCCUUCUGCCGCUCGUCAAGGGUCGCGAUAUCCUCAUUUUUGCCUCACAGCCUUCCUCUGGCCUCACCUAUCGCGAUACCUGGAAGACUCAGCCGUCCGCCUCAGGCAGCACGACCCGCUCCGAAAGCCCAGUGUUGGUCAAUACUGCGGACGCACAGGUCCGGCCGGGAUCCCGCAUCCCCGCGGAGCUGCAUUCUCCGGCUGGACCUCCAGCCGGUGCAAGGCAGGAUGCGGCGGGAGUGAUGGCGGAAGAGCGGCGACAAGCUGCUACUCUCAAGUCCAAUUCACCUUCGGCGCAGACAUCCCCCAUUCGGCCGAGGCACGCUAGCCUCAUCCCGGCCGCUCGGGAUCCGUCUCCCAACCAUCCCAUCGAGAACGUUCAGCACGGGCAGAACGCAUCUUCCAAUCCCCAGCCUCUACCCCUCACACCUGCAACCGUCUCCUCUCCCCGUCAGCGCAACAUCCUCGUCAAGAAGGCUUCGCUCAGGCGGGACCGGACGUCCAGCCAACCCGCCUCGCGGAGCAAUUCGCUCAAGCGGAACGACGCUCCUCCUUCCAGCCAUCAGCGCUUUGCGAGUCUUGACGCAGGGCGUCCCGGCACCGAGGAGUUCUCUGCGGCCCGCCCGGACAACGUGCAUAUCACGAGUCGGCAUGGCAUUGGGUCGGACUACUCUGCUCCUGGCACGCCUGGACCAGAUGCGGAGUGGACGAUGGUGGAGUCGCCCCAAAAAGAUGGCGAUGGGCUUGGGCUGAGCAUGUAUGCCCCACAGUCCGCCACUCAGGCGGCGGCGGGAGCUGCAGAGCAUGGCACAACUCGCACACCUGGAUGGAGCGGGGUGGAGGCGCGUAUGCCCCCUCCUCUUCCGCCAAGGUCGCAUCAGAGGGUCCCGCAGCCGGUGAUCACACCUAUCAACCCCGCCACGAACCAGCCGGACCUGUCCCACUCGUACGGGCUGAUCCACGCGCCUCUGGAUGUUCACCCCCCCCGACCCAGCUUCGACUCCGAGCGAUCCAUCUACCAGGACGCCCCAACCCACACCCAAGAUCCCCGGCCCUUACCACCUACACCCCGUUACGCCCAUAUCGGACCCACCGGUCUCCGCACCGACUCUGAGCGGGAUGCCCACUCCGUCCCUCGUCAACUGAGCAUUGCAAACCCCACCCCGCCUCCCACCAUCCCCCUCCAGCAGAGCAUCAUGGCAACCCUAGACAUCCCCCUCAGUCAGCCCACAUCCCCUAUGCGCGGUCGAGAUGCUAUGGUCGAUGUAGGCCACGGGACCGGGGCCGAGAGUAUGCGCGGAAGUGUGGGAUACAUGCCGAGUCUGGCGAGUCAGAGUGUACUCGGCUUGACGCCCGCUCUAAGUGAGGGUCCGAUCUUGGCGGCCUGGGAUGAAGUCAAGCCGACUCCUGGAGGCGGACCCGCUGGUGGUGGGGUACCAAUGCCAAUGGCGGCGCCGCAGGCAGGAAGUGGGAUGGCAGGACAAGAGAAAAGUCCGGAUCGGAAAGGCAAGGGAAGGGAGGCGGUGCGAAAUAUGUUUGGGUUUGGGCAUCAUGGAGGAAAGGCUGGCGAUGAGCUCGGAGUCGGGAAUGGCGCGGCUGUUGGGAACGGGGUAGGAAGCGCAAGGACGAAAAUCUCGAUGGGUGCUUGA